GAUUUAAACGUGGAUGAAUUUGAAGAAAUAUUCAAAACAAAAGCCCAGGGCCCAGCCAUCGACCUCACCUCCAGCAAGCAGAAGAUCCCUCAGAAAGGGUCGAGCAAAGUCACGCUGCUGGAUGCCAACAGGGCCAAAAACCUUGCCAUCACUCUGAGGAAAGCUGGCAAGACAGCAGAUGAGAUCUGCAAAGCUAUCCACGUGUUCGACCUGAAGACGUUGCCAGUGGACUUUGUUGAGUGCCUGAUGAGGUUCCUGCCCACGGAGAACGAGGUGAAGGUGCUGCGGCUCUACGAGCGGGAGAGGAAGCCCCUGGAGAACCUCUCUGAUGAGGACAGGUUCAUGAUGCAGUUCAGCAAGAUCGAGAGGCUCAUGCAGAAGAUGACCAUCAUGGCCUUCAUAGGCAACUUUGCAGAAAGCAUCCAGAUGCUGACCCCGCAACUUCACGCAAUAAUAGCUGCGUCUGUCUCCAUAAAGUCAUCCCAAAAGCUGAAGAAAAUCCUGGAGAUCAUCUUGGCUCUUGGCAACUACAUGAACAGCAGCAAGCGAGGAGCUGUGUAUGGAUUUAAGCUGCAGAGUCUGGACCUGCUCCUGGAGACCAAGUCCACAGACAGAAAGCAGACCCUGCUGCACUACAUCUCCAACGUGGUCAAGGAGAAGUACCAGCACGUGUCCCUCUUCUACAACGAGCUCCACUACGUGGAGAAAGCUGCUGCAGUGUCUCUUGAGAACGUCCUCCUGGACGUGAAGGAGCUGCAGAGGGGCCUGGACCUGACGAAGCGUGAGUACACCAUGCACGACCACAACACCAUGCUGAAGGAGUUCAUUCAGAACAACGAGGGCAAGCUGAAGAAACUGCAGGAUGAUGCCAAAAUAGCCCAGGAUGCUUUUGAUGAUGCUGUGAAGUACUUUGGAGAGAAUCCCAAGACGACUCCCCCGUCCGUCUUCUUCCCGGUGUUUGUCCGCUUUGUGAAGGCCUACAAGCAAGCAGAAGAAGAGAAUGAGUUGAGGAAAAAGCAGGAACAGGCCUUAAUGGAAAAACUCAUGGAGCAGGAAGCAUUGAUGGAGCAACAGGACCAAAAGUCUCCUUCCCAUAAAACCAAGAGGCAGCAGCAGGAGCUGAUCGCGGAGCUCCGGCGGCGGCAGGUGAAGGACAACAGGCACGUGUACGAGGGGAAGGACGGGGCCAUCGAGGACAUCAUCACAGUGCUGAAGACCGUGCCCUUUACCGCUCGAACCGCCAAGCGGGGCUCUCGCUUCUUCUGCGACCCCGUCCUCACUGAGGAAUUCCAUUACUAA